GUGAUCGUUGAGAAAGAGAGAGCAGUGAGUGAGAGAGAGUCAGAGAGAUGACUUCCACUCCACCCACAUCCAUCCGUGUCCAAUGUGAGGGGGAGGUGAAACAGUUGAGAGCUUACUGUGCUAUUAACUGGCAUUAUUUAGCUGCCUCAGUCUGGAGAAGACACCAGUCAAAACUGCUCCCCAUCAGAAUUCCACCCAACUGGAGCAACAAUGACUUCACAUGUGAAACUCCGGAAGGAGAGGGUCGGCACGGUGGACUAUGACACGCAAAUCAAAGAGGUGCGUUGCCAGCUUGUAGACCAGCUGAAGGUGUUAGACUUGCAACUUGAGCAAAAGAGCCAGCAGCUGCAGGACCUGACAGACUACCUGCGGCGGCGGGGGGAGAUUGAAAAUGAGUACGCCCGUUCUCUUGAAAAACUCGCUGAAAGGUUCACUUCGAGGAUCAAGAGGAAGGAGCCCAGUAGUCACUCGGUGGCCCAGGUCUGGCUGGCUCUGCUGUCCCACACCCGCCAAGAAAGUAAGGACCACAAUGGACUGAGUGAGCACUGCAGCAACUUUCUCAUCCAGCCCCUCACACACUGCCUGGAAUACACACAGCGCCUUGCCAGAAAGAGUAAAGACAUCUGUACCCAGCUGCAGGAUGGACUGCUCAAGCUUACCACAGAGCUACAGACUACAUGGCGGACAUACUACCAGUACCACUCUGACUAUGUGUGUGCAGAGGGGAAACUGAAGGAGGCAGAGAAACAAGAGGAAAAGCAGAAACAGAGUGCUAAGAAAUUGGAGAGGUUGAUAGAAAAAAGACAGGGUAAGGUCCAAGAGAUCAACCUUAAGUGCAGCAAGGCCCGAAAUGAAUACCUCCUAAACUUGGCCGCAGCCAAUGCCUCCAUGAAUAAGUAUUACCUCCAAGACAUCACUAAUCUCAUAGAUUGUGCAGAUGUUGGGUACCACCUCUCUUUAAGCCGGGUGAUGCAGGCUUACCUGUCCAGACGAUGGCGGACCCAAGAGAACCUUAGCACGGGACUGCAGCAGCUCCAAACCACCGUGUCUGGACUGGACCAGAGCCGAGACAGAGACACUCUCCUGCAGGACCACUAUAACACCUUCUGUAUGCCCCUUCGCUUUCCCUAUCAGCCCCAUGAUGGAGACCAGGUUUCCGAGGUCAGUGCGGAGGGUGAGAUGACAUCUGAGCUGGAGACCAGAUUCAAGCAGAUACAAACCAGACUGAAAGUAGUCACUCAGGAAACGGAGGAGGCUAAUGAGAGCAUGUUGACAGCUCAGUCGUCCCUGCUGGAGAGUAUCGGGGAUGAUGAUCUGGAGCCUGGCAGUGGUUCGUCUCAGGAGGGCAGCACUGAGAACCUAACAGUAAAGCCCAGUGUGGCCCGCCGCAGGGCCAACAUGCAGGAGAUAGAAAACCUCUACUUCACUAGAGUAAAAGAGUACCUCUUAGGCAGUUCUCUGGUAUCUAAACUGCAGGCCAAACAUGACCAACUGAAAGUGGCUGUGGAAAAAGCAGGAGCAUCAAAUGGACAUCAGUUGAGGCACAAUGGAAAGUCGAUGCGUAUCAGGAGGAAUCACUCAAGUGGCAAUUUGUUGCACAACCACAAACUUUUCAAUGGUGACAUGCUAUCCUUUAUACAGGCAUCAGGACAACAGAUUCCAAUUGUCGUGGAAAGUUGUAUUUGCUUUAUAAACCUCAAUGGCCUUCACCAUGAAGGGAUAUUCAGAGUGCCGGGGGCUCAGAUGGAGGUCAACAACCUGAGGGAUGCAUUUGAGCGAGGAGAGGACCCCCUGGCUGAGCGGAGAUAUGACCUGGACUCUGUCGCUGGAGUGCUGAAGCUCUACUUCAGAAGACUGGAGAAUCCCCUCUUCCCCAUCGACAGCACCAGCCAACUCCUGGAGCAUGCCCAAAUAAAGAAUGAGGCGGAGAGAGCGGCUCAACUCAAAAUGGUCAUCUCUUCCUACCCUGAGCCAGUCAUCAUCGUCAUGAGAUACCUCUUUGCGUUUCUUCAUCAUGUUUCUCAGUACAGUGACGAGAACAUGAUGCAGCCUUACAACCUGGCUGUGUGUUUUGGCCCCAGCCUGGUAAGAGGGGUUAAUGAUGAUGAUGUCGUCACCCUGCAGCCUCAGAUCAACGCCCUGGUGAAAAACAUCAUCCUCCAGCAUGAGAGCAUCUUCCCCAGCCAGAGCGAACUACAAGGACCGGUGUACGAGAAAUGCAUGACGAUGGAACAGGUUGACGGUGAGCCUAUCAUUGAAGAGGGAGAUGUGGACUCAGAGUACGCCAGUAUCAAAGAUGUGUUUGAAACAGGAUCCUCAGCUGACAACAGCACCAGCUCAUCUGCAGCACCAACACAGAGAAAAGCAGAGCGACCGAGAGCCAACAGCGGUGGUUCGAUUGACAAAAGUAGGUUAACAGCUGGGCCAGUUGGGGGCGGCAUCGCUUCAAGUGGAAAGUUAAUGCUCCAGAUUCCCGUUGGACCCCAGUGCAAGCCACGACGGGGCCACUCUCCUGCCUAUGUGCACAGAGAAAAGCAGGAAAACAUGUCUUCUGAGGAUUUUGCUGUUCAAGUAGACAAGGAGGUCUGUCGCCAGAUGGACUCGGUGUUCAUGGAGCUUCUCUCGCGGAAAGCACUGCAGGAUUCCUCCUCCACCACCUCCUCUCCCUCUGCCCAGGCUCCCCAAAAGAAAGAGAAGCGGGAUGGACGCAAGGGGAGAGGCGCUGGGCUCUUCAGAGCAGCAGAUCCACUGGACUGAGAGGACCAGCAUCAGUCGAUGACAUGAAGAGAGAGAGAGAGAGAGAGCAAUGAUACAAAUUAAAAUGGAGGUGUAGGGUGAUGUGCUCUGACAGUAGCUUUCAGCACAUCUAUUUCUAGAAAGCUGAGGUCACUGACCCAUGGUCACGUCUCUGAGGUCUGUGUCCCUUGGCUCUGGCUUCUCUCCACAGCGUGGCUCCUCACUCUUUCACUCAUGUUCUGUACAGCAGAGCCCUGCUGCGACUGCAGACCUGCGGUACAAUCUGCAAACUGUGGAUUACUUGAAAUGCACAGAUGUGUUUGUGCGCAGCUGAAUGUGGUUAUGCAACUUAGGGCUUUAUAUCUGCAUCUGUGUAGGUGUUGAUAUUCAACUGUUUCCAGCUUAAGCCGAAUUUUCUCAGUCAGCGUACACAUCUAUAUAAAAUUUAUGCAUACAUUCUUCAUCAAAAGUAUGUUUGCCUAAAUGAGAGGAAUACACAUACUAAACAAAAAAACUGUGAAUACUGUAGCUGUAAUGGAUUUUUAUAUACUGAUUAUUUGUAACUUGUUUCACACUUUAUGAUUUAUCUGUAUAUCUAGACUACAUGCCAAAUAAAUAUGUCUAUUCUGACUGCUUUUUUGGUCAUAAGUAUUAGUACUAGAAAAUGUGGGACAUUUAACUUAAUUUAUAAUGUAUAAGCAAU